AUGAACCACGAGUACGACUAUCCAGAAGAUGACGUGCCGGUCUUCCCAGAGCGCGACGAACGUGGCGACGACUCGCUGCCCACCUACGACGAACUUGCCGCGCAGCACGGGCCAAACUCGAGGUUUGGCCGAUGGAGAAAAUGGAUAGAGAAAAGGGCUGCUGAGCGAUAUGCAGACCUGACACCGGAGGAUCUGGAACGGCGACGGGCGCGUGGGUGGGGAGAAGGUCUACAGGACUCGGAGCCGGUCUCAGAAUCCUCGUCCACUUCCCUGCCGGCGUCAAGUGCGUUGGAGUCGCAGGAGCAGAUACUACCAGCACAUGUUCAUGGGCCACCGCUACACGUUCAAACAGACUUUUCAGCCUCUUUUCAGCCUGCGUCUCCACCUGGCCUCGAUUCAGAUCCCUCGCUGCUUGCUGAACUGAUCCCUGAGACGAUAUUCCCAUCACAUCUCAAGCUAUGCCAAUUUGGCUCUCGUUUCCUCCCUCACGCGACCGCGCCCAUCCGAUGUCUUCUCCCAAUCCUCAACGAUCAAGUACUACUCAUCGGACACGACAAUGGCCUGUCCGUCCUGGACAUGUACCCACACGAAUGGACCGAGACAGGGCUCGUGAAAAAAGGUCCAGCGGAUGCAGAGGUGAGGCACAUCUGGGAAGGCGAAGCCGUCUUCCAGAUGUCCAUUCUCGAAGCUGAAAGCACUGGUCAAGGUACCCCGCAGGGCGUUGUACUCGCUCUGGUCGGUCCCGAUAUCGAUUCUCCGAAGGACCAGGAUAGUAUACGUACGCUACGAAUGUACAACCUCGCUAGCAUUGUCAGUCUCGCGAAAUGGGCAAUUGGGCAGAAGGGGAAUCGUCCUCUGAAUCUGCGCUACACCCCGGGAAGGCUCAACCACCCUAAGAGACAUCGUCCACAAGGGAGCAUCACCAAAGGACUCCGAAACCUAGUCAUCGACGCUCCCCUCGCACAACCCCAGGCUGAACCUGACCCAGUGACAGAGCCGCACGCGUCCUACUCGCAGGUCGCCGACUCUCCGGUAUACACGAAACCCCUCCCGCCACGCCCGUCUGAUAGCCCCAUUGACGCCGGUUCUCCCUCCUCCUGGGAAAUGGUGGAUGAAUUGCCGUUGAUGUGGGCCGCGCACUACACGCCACUUGCAUCUCCUGGUUCGCGGCUGCACAAUACGUCCGUAUUGUUCUUCGAUCACUAUCGCAACGAGAAUCAGCGCAGCAGAGGAGGGUCACUUCUGGCGGUAGCGACGAAGUCUAACAUCUUCCUGUACGAAGCACCAAAGGGCGAGAGAGCAUUCCAUCUGAUCAAGGAGUUCUACACGCCGUUGACUUCGCGCAGUAUCGCAUUCGUGCACCAAGCGGUCACGGAUCCCAUGUCCAGAAGCGCUUCCGACGCCGCUGUCCGUUCCGGAUCGCGUGUGAACAGCCGCCAUUCGCGCGUCAUCUCUUUGAACGUCUCCGCACAGCGGUAUUCCAAUCAGCUCAGCUUAUUUGUGAUCUUCGAGAAAAAAGCGGGUAUCAUCCGCAUCGCAGACUCGGCAGUCAGCGAAGUCGAGCUGUUCGAGGAGGCCAACGGCGCGCAACAAUUCCUGGCCCCUCCAGGUGCGUCGUCGAUGGGACGCAAGUCUCGUGCCUCCUGGGACGGGCGCGGCUUCGUCAAAGAGCCCAAGGGAGUCUGGGUGCCGCCAGUCAAGUUUGACCUGCCUAUCGAGGCGAACCACUCGUUGUCUGCGAGCAUGUGCGUCUUGACGCGAGGAAAGCAGUCUCAUAUCAUGCCUCAUCCGCUACCGCCCAGCAUCCCGAUGACAAUCCCAUAUCGCGUUCUUCGCUGGUCCGUUCGGCCUACGCAUGUCAGCUGCAGAGUAUGCACGCCGUCACAACGUAGACAUGGGCAGUCCCCGUUCUUGCAGGUCGUAGCAUUUGGGGAGGACGGUAUUGAAGUCCGGGAGCUGCCUCUAUCUUCUCUUACUGAACGCAAGGGAAAGCGACGGGACGAUGAACCCGUUCGCGCGAUGGCCGACGUAAGCGGCAGCACUGGUUUCCUUUGCAGUGGCGGUUUUUGGAGUGACACGCAUCCAUCUUGGCUCGGACGCUCAGUGUCGAUGGAAAGUCAAGACUCAGCGACAUCCCUCGAUGACUGGUCGGAGGAAGAAGUGGCAGAUCGAUUGCGUGCACGUCAAGGGGUCUAUGGAUGGGUACGCAAGGGUCAGGAUGACUGGCGAGUAUUCUGGGUAGGCGGUAGCAGUAGAGAGCAUGAAGGCGAUGAGAGCGAUAUAUGA